AUGAAUAUCAACCAACAGAGCAUCGACGACUCGGAUACAUUCGACAGGCCGACCCUCGACAAUACGAGCGACAGUCUCGAACCCACAGCUGUGCCACAACAAAGUUCAGGCUACACCUCGAACGUCAACGUCUACGGCUUCCCGGGAUCGACGUGCCACAGCGUGCCAGUGUCUGACAUCCGCGCGCACGAUGUCCAGACUGCCGGUGUCCUGCCAUUCCAAGAGUCGCAACCCAUUGCCCGUCUACCCGAGAGCGUGUACGAUUCCGGGACCCACUCCCCUGCACGACACGACGGCCACAUGGCGUUGCACAAGGACGACGCCGAUAACAGUUUGAUGGUGAUUCCCCAGAAACUAUACCGCCUCCCUCGUCAUCAACGCGGCGGCGCACUAGCGCUGCAAUCCAUCUCGAUCUACGUCGCCGUGCGGGAUGCACUGCAGCCGAAGGUUCUUGCGCGGAAGUUAGUGGACCCCUUGCGUCAUGCCUUCCACCACGCCGGCGGCGGAAAAUCCCGGGAAGGACAAAAGUUUACUAUCCGCUGCGUCUUUCGACUUGACGGAGACGCAGAGGUAGUGAACGCGCGUCCCGUUCAGAUCAACGAGUAUAUGGCUGGCUCCCAAUCCUCCCUCGCGGUAGAGGCAGCGUGGGAUCUGUACCCGAUGUUACGGAAGGCUUCCGGGCGCGUUCCUCUCAUGCGUGUCGCGCUUGUAGAGAAAGUCGCGACCGAACUGCGCGCAUUUUUGAUCAAGCUGAAGGAGCAGAAUAAGCCGCUCGUCUUCCGUGGGCGCGAAGUCGAGUACGACCACCUGCUCAUCGUCAGCAUCUCCCGACCCACCGCCGCCACCGUGCAGCCGAAGCUCGCAAUCCUCCCCCGGUACCGGAACCUAUAUCUCGGUAACGCGCGCGAUGUGUCCCCAUAG